UUUUUAUUUAUUGUUGUUUCCUGAAACUGCUCAUUGGUAAUCUGAGCUAAGCAGAUUCUCAUGUGUGCGCUGCCUGGUCUACAGCGAAUCCCUGCUUCUUAGAGGACAGCAUAGAUUUUUUAGUGCAUAAUAAGUUUGCAGCGUGAAUGCAGCACAGGGCUCUUAAUUGCUUUAUUUAGAGGUGCCUCGGGAUCUGGAGCAGCUAGCCUCUAGCAAUGUGGGUAGCGAUUUGUGCGUCCUGUCGUACACCCCUGUAUUGUUAUAUGCUUGGGGUAACAGUGGCAUUGUCCCCCUGGAAGAGCGCAGAAGUCCUGUGAAUUGUUUGCUGUACCAACCAGUCCCCCAGGAGCUGACAGAGGACUAUCUGGGCAGCUCAGACUGCUGCAGGAGGACUGCACUUUAUAAAUAGUCACACGGCCCAGGGACCAUCCGCACCGAGGACUUAACUCCAGCUGGAUCUAGAGAUGACGUGCCAAUCGUGAUUUUGUAAACCGUGGAAAGGAUAUUGAGCAUAUACUGACCUCUUUGCCUCCUCUCUCCAAGCUGCUGUAUCUCACUUUCUGCAAUACUAGCACCACUUUGUCUUUCCUGAUUUACCACCAUACCUGCUUGCCUUGCAUUAACCCCUACUGUCCUUGCGUCACUCCAGUUGGCUGUUCAGCUGCGACCAAGAAUGACCAUGUGGAUCUAAACUAUUACAUUUAGAAAAUGAAUAGGCUGUAUUUGCGAUACAGAAUAAUGUUUGCAGUAUAGUCAUUAUAUUGUAAUAAUUGCACAGAUUAUGUUUUAGUAAGUGUUAAUACCGCACUCAUGCAGUCAGUUCUGUAUCAUAGUGUCUAGCAUAAGUCCUUUUGAUUAAUUUCUACAGCUACCUAAGGCCAUUGUAUCUCCUCGGUGCUCCUGAGCCUCUAUGUUAAAGACAGCUGAAAGAUUUUCUCAUGACCUUGUUCUACUUGCAGAGUCGUGUGGUCAAAACUUUUUUGGAGUCACUGAUCUCUUAUCAUCUCAGUCUCUUAUGACGGUGUCAUUGAAUUAGUGUUUCUGUGGCAAAAUCGUGUCAUUCUUCCUAUAGAUGGUACAGCAUCUAUGAGAACAAUGAGAAAAGUGCAUGAAUCUGAUCAUCAGGGAGUGUCAUAGUUCAUUGUAUGCGUUCCUUAAUCUGCUGCACAGGAAACUCUGCAAGGGGCAAGAAUAUCUUCCUUUACUUCCCGGCAGGACUCUUGUGGAGUUCUUGGCACCAAAAUGGGGAUCCCCAACUGGGUAGAACAAUCCUAUUAAUUGUUACAGUUAUGUUAAUGGGCUGUAAUAUUCAGCUGGGCUCGCUUGUCUAAAGCUUGUCCUUGUAAGGGUUUAAUAAUUCUGGAUACGUUUUUGCAUGGUAAUCUGUGCCUGAUAGGAAUCAGGCAUCGCAGCUUUUAAGGCAUUUUCUGACAUUUUAGCAGGGGCUUCUUGAAAAUGAAAAGAAACAAUGAUAUAUAGCUGACAUUUUUUUUGUUAGCUGUUAAUUGCCAUCUGGUUAUCUCUUGCUGACUGUCCCAUCCCUGUGCAUUUGAUCUAUAGGGGUCAUGCUGAAAGUGACUGUCUCUGAUUCCACCCUGACCUGUACAAAUUAAGAUCUCAGCAGUAAAGCAUAUUUGCUUUGUGAUGGUGCAUAGUAUUCAGCAAUGGUCCAGUUCUGUACGGAGAAGCAAAACAUGUCCUCAGAAUGAUGAAUCUGUAGCCCUUAUAUCCCCAUAAAACUCCAUUGUAGGUUAUUUGCAUUGAUGCAGUCACUUUGCUAUUCCAGAGAUAUUAUAUACUCCCGUGUAGCCUUUUUAUCUGAUACUUGGGAGAAUUGACAUGAAAGGGAGCCCAGGGGUAGGUGAAACUAAACCUUUAAUUAGUGUGGGAUGUGUACUAGUGAGCGGGGGAGCGCUGCAAAGUACUGAAGGAGAGAUCAAAGGCAGUAACGAUUUGAAUUUGAUCGUUCUAAGUACAAUGAUGUUCUAUUUCAGCUUCAUACUGUAACCUAAAUAUAUUCGAUUUGCAAUCAUCAAUAAUUCAUCACUCUCUCCCUUUAACGCCUAAGCUCACUGACACAGUCGGAGCAUGCUUGCUCACCCGCGGCUUGGAUUCUUUGUACGUUGUUUGACGAUUUUUAUUGUAACACCCUAUUUGCAAAUAUAUAUUUAGGAAUACUAUAAGAUCUAUGUGAGCAACCAAUGGUCUUCAUGUGUAGAAGAGUAACGGAGUGGAUACAAAAACCAUAGAAACAGUUUAUUUGUUUUAAUAAUUGCACUGAGGCGGAUUGAACUUUUACAAGGGUCCUACACGACCAGUUCUAGGUGCUGCUGAGUUCCAGGACAAAGCACUUGGUCACAGCACUGCAGAUUGUGGAGACUCGUCUUCUGUACUACAGACUAGUUCAACUCCAACAGAAUGCAGACUUCCAGCAGUGAUGACCCCAGCUACUCUCAGAGUUCACCACCCCGGGGUCGCAGAGCCAGAUGGAAAGGUGUAUACAGGGGGCGCUGGGGGGUCGCGGACAGUUGUUCUUUCAGCGGGGUGCAGCCUAAUCCUGAGGAGCAAACACCUGAGCAGACCAAAAAGGAGAACCGGGUUAUUGUCCUGUAUUUGGACCUCUCUUUUCUUUUACUUCUAGAACUCAAGAAGAUGAGUAUGACACGCGGGUGCCUGCUUUGCAUCAAAAUCACUAUGUUCAUCUUUAACCUCAUCUUCUGGCUUGGAGGAUGCGGUAUCCUGGGAGUUGGGGUUUGGCUGGCUGUUACCCAGGGAAAGUUUGCCACCCUCUCUAUCUCUUUUCCUUCGCUUUCCGCCGCCAGCCUCUUCAUGGUGACGGGUUCUGUGAUAAUGGUUGUGGGGUUCAUUGGCUGCCUGGGUGCCGUGACGGAACACCGCUGCCUCCUGCUGACCUUCUUUGUGGUGCUGCUGAUCAUUUUCCUUCUUGAAAUCAUCAGCAUGGUCCUUUUCUUCACCUACAACGAUGAUUUUCACAGCUAUGCGCAGGAUGACCUGAAGAAAGGGCUUGCACUCUAUCAGACGGAUGGUAAUCUAGGACUGACCAAUGCGUGGGACAUAGUGCAGACUCAGUUUCGAUGCUGUGGAGUGAAGAAUUAUACUGACUGGUUGGACGUGCGGAACAGCUCGCUUGUGCCUCACUCUUGCUGUACGGAGCACAGCGCUUCCUGUCAGAACACUCCCAGCACUUGGUGGAAAGACCCCUGCUAUGAGAAAGUGAAGAGCUGGGUCGGGAGUAACAUUUCCUCUGUGGGGAUCUUUGGCAUCUGCAUCCUUGUUGUACAGGUAUUCGGUCUGAUCUUCUCCAUGCUGAUGUACUGCCAAGUUCUCAAGGCGGAAAAGUAUUAUGAAUAGUCGGAGACGCUGGCAAGGAGUCUGUAAGAUGAUGCCUCUGCUGUUCUUCCAUGCUCUGGUGAGAAUACCCAUUUACAUCCACCUGGAUAAGAGACUUUCUUCUUGCUCACCUGAAGCCGCAAGGCUGCUCUCAGCUACUGCGCUCUGCACAAGGGUCGGUGCCCAUUGGGAUUCUCUUUACGUCUGACUCUGAUGCUUUAAUAGAGAGAUGAACCUCACGCAGCUCCAGUCUUCUUAAGGCCCUACCAACAAGCACAUCUUCUCCACUGUACUCUACCGCAUCCAGCCUGUGAAUAGCCUGGUCAUAGAUGAAGACCAGGACUUUUCUACUCUUUUUAAAGCACCAAAGCCGUCAAAUGAACUAUUUCCUGUCAUGUGGAUCCAGUGCCUACGAAAGCACAGCCAAAAUUUUAUGCAUGGCACCGCCAACCAAGAUCCCAGCAAGAUCAUUUAAAAAUUGGCACAACACUUUCAGUCUCCGAUACAGAGAUAUUGUUACAGACGGUGAUGGUAACUAGCAACCGCUUGACUGGAAAGACGGGUGCAAGUUUUCUUACUUAAACCCACAGUGGGAAUUUCUGCUGUGUAAUUUCCUUAUAGCGAUCUACGAAAAUGCUGAAAAGAAUGUUUUAGUUAUUGUUUUGCUUUUUAAUCUACAAACGUCAACAAUCCGCUGGGACAACUCUGAUGGGACGUUUAGGGCUCUCCUACGCAUAUGAAUGGAUACACAGUUCUUAAUAGGGGAGGGGGGGGUGGAGUUUAACCUGGGCUGAUUCUUAGAGAAUCGCAAACAUUUUUUUCAUUAUUCUACAUUUAUAAAGUGCCAACGCCCCUUAAUGGGCUCCAAAUCCUGGCAUGUGCCUACUCUGCGCAACAAACCUAUGGAUGAAAUGUAGAAAGCCUUUGAAAUCACUUUUAUACUAAAGUGAAAGGUUGUGUGCAAAACAGUAAUCACCUCUUACAGCAGACUCUACUCUUAUGAUGUAACAAAACCCUUAAUGGGAUACUGAGUGUAAUAAAGGGGCAUUAGGAUGAUACGCCAGCUAUGUUUGAAUUCCUUUAUGUUAUUCUCUAUACAAUUGCUUUGCCUUGCAUUAGAGAGACUGUAAGAUUUCAGUUAUGUUGAUAUAUGUUAAAACUAACAUCUCUGAUAUAGUUAUUGAUUGUAGCUAUUGAUCGAUGCCAUUAUUUAAGUGUUUUGUUCUUCAGCUUAAUAGUAACAUGGUCAUAAAUAAGCUUUGGACCAACCCUUUAUGUUAACGUUACAUACAGCUUCAGAAAGCUCAGUGCCUGAAGCCGGUGAGCGCUAUUUCCUUCGCUGUGCAAAUGCUUGCACUAAGGGGGUCAUUCCGAGUUGAUCGCACACUGCUGAUUUUCACAGCGCAGCGAUCAGGUCUCUACUGCGCAUGCAUAUGCACCACAUUGCGCACGCGCGUCGUACGGGUACAAUGCGGAUCGUUGCUGAGCAAUGGAUUUAAUGAAGAGUCCAUAAGCACAGCCGAUCGCAAGAAGAUUGACAGAAAGAGGGCGUUUAUGGGUGUCAACUGACCGUUUUCUGGGAGUGGUAGGGAAAACGCAGGCGUGUCCGGGCGUCUGGAGGGUGGGUGUGUGAUGUCAAUUCCAGCAUCAAAAAGACUGAAGUGAUCGCAAGGGCUGAGUAAGUUCAGAGCUACUCAGAAACUGCACACAUUUUUUUGCAGAGCUCGGCUGCAAAGGCAUUCGCACACUUGCAAAGCGAAAAUACACUCCCCCGUGGGUGGUGACUAUGCAUUUGCACGGCUGCUAAAAACAACUAGCGAGCGAUCAACUUGGAAUGACCCCCUAAAACCCUAGCAGCCAAUGAGCAGUUAGCUUUUGUCUGUCUACUGCUAGUUGGACAAUUAAGACAAAUGUUUGGCUGGUGCAGUUUUACACUUUAGAGUAAAUACCUGACAAUAGGGUAAAUGUAUGAAGCAGUGAUAAGAGAGGAGAAGUGAGCCAGUGGAGAAGUUGCCCAUGGCAACCAAUCAGCAUUGCAGUAACAUUUAUAAUUUGCAUACUAUAAAAUUAUACAGAGCAGCUGAUUGGUUGUCAUGGGCAGCUUCUCCAUGGGCUCACUUCUCCUCUCCUAUCAUUGCUUCAUACAUUUACCCCAUAAUUUCGUAGAAGGCAAAGCAAAGCCCUGUUCAUCUAGGGUUCCUAUUCCACAUGCAGCAAUGCCAACCGUAACUAGGGCUGUACAAGACGGGCACAUUGCUGGGGUGGGAGUGCAGGGAAGUCAAUAUGAUUAAUUGGAGCCACAAAAUUCCUCCUUGUCUACACAACUCUUAGUGAAACUGUAAGACAAAGUCUUGCACGUGUGAACCAGGUAACCUGGCCACUCCUGUGCAUAUACCACAAGACUGGCCCCAGCCAGGCAGUAAGUUAGCUAUUACUGAUAUGGGCCAGUAUUGCUUCACAAAUGUUCCUUGAUGGUGUGAUAAAGGUCCAGCAUCGUCAUCUCCUGUUACACUUUCAUUGCCUCUCACUGCUUAAUUACAGCUACAUAGUGCCAUGGUGUUACCAGCUGUAACCAGUGUACAUACCACACAACGCAGCAAUGUGUUCUCUUUCUCAUCCGAAGUUAGCUUGGAGUGUAAAUAUUAGCGGUAACUGAGCACAAAGUACAUAAACUACCCAGAUCUGUGUUAUAGACCAAUAAAACAUGUAUUAUACUG